AUGGUCAUAGAAAGAAAAGAUGCUAUCUGUACUAUGUUGCUUCCACAAGUAGAGGGUUCAGAUAGCAGGAAAGUGACCAACAGAGUUGAAAAGGGGUGGCAGUUUUUUAAAGAUUCGUGUUGCUGUGGACGUCUAAUAGGUCAACAUGUUGGACUGACUCCAAGCAUCUCUGUUAUUCAGAAUGAGAAGAAUGAAAGCAGGCUUACUCGCAAUGACAUCCAGUCAGAGAAGUGGUCCAUCAGUAAACACACACAGCUCAGCCCAACGGAUGCUUUUGGAACCAUUGAGUUCCAAGGAGGAGGCCACUCCAAUAAAGCCAUG